CACGGCGUCACUUCCUAAGGGGGCGGGGUAUCGUAAGGACGCGUGUUGUUUGCGUGUUGCGCACUAGAUUUCUGGAAGGACGUAGAGCCGCUGCCGGUGUCGUUCAUAUCAACACGGAGCGUUCCAGCUGUUAAUAACGUCUGUCCGGAGACUUUACACGCGUUCAGGACAUGAUCAGGAACGGAAGCCAUGCGGUGGAGGAGGAGAAGGACCAGGGAGAGCCGAGCUCCUCCGGCCAGAAGAGGAAGCGGGUGAUCCGGGUGUGGUGUGACGGCUGCUAUGACAUGGUGCACUACGGUCACUCUAACCAGUUACGACAGGCCAAAGCCAUGGGAGAUUAUCUCGUAGUUGGAGUCCAUACAGACGAGGAAAUAGCCAAGCACAAAGGUCCACCGGUCUUCACGCAGGCCGAGCGUUAUAAAAUGAUACGCGCCACUAAGUGGGUGGAUGAGAUUGUGGAGGGGGCACCGUAUGUUACUACGCUGGAGACGCUGGACAAGUACAACUGUGAUUUCUGCGUGCACGGAGAUGACAUCACACUGACCGUGGACGGGAAAGAUACAUACGAUGAAGUGAAGAGAAUGGGCCGAUACAGGGAAUGUAAACGUACACAAGGUGUGUCUACGACAGACCUAGUGGGUCGUAUGCUCCUGUUAACGAAAUCGCAUCACAGUAAUGUUGAUAACGCAGACUACCAGCUCCACAAAGAUAACUUUGGGAAGGGUCCUAAAGGGCACAGCCCCUGGACUGGGGUCUCUCAGUUCCUGCAGACAUCUCAGAAGAUCAUCCAGUUCGCCUCAGGAAAAGAACCACAGCCGGGAGACACAAUUAUUUAUGUUGCCGGAGCUUUCGACCUCUUCCACAUCGGUCACGUGGAUUUCCUCGAGACUGUUCACAAACAAGCAGAGAAACCUUAUGUCAUUGUCGGACUACACUUUGACCAGGAAGUGAACCGCUACAAAGGAAAGAACUACCCCAUCAUGAAUAUUCAUGAGAGAACUUUGAGUGUGCUGGCUUGCAGAUAUGUGUCAGAGGUUGUGAUCGGGGCUCCGUACGCAGUAGGAAAAGAUCUUCUGGAUCACUUUAAGGUAGAUCUGGUGUGUCAUGGGAAAACAGAAGUGUUUUCUGACACAGACGGGACAGACCCUUACGCCGAGCCGAAGAAGAGAGGCAUUUUCCGUGUCCUGGACAGCAGCAACAAUCUGACCACCGACGUCAUCGUGCAGAGAAUCAUUGAGAACAGGUUGCAGUUUGAGGCCAGGAACCAGAAGAAGGAAGCUAAAGAGAUGGCCGUGAUUGAGGCUCUGAAGAAUAAAGAGGAUUUGCAGAAGACCGAGGCGGCUAUAACGAAUAAUUAACCAAACUGUCCAAACCAAACAAAUCAAGGGCUUCAUCAUAGAACCAAAAUUAACCCCGGACUGUUAUAUAAACACCCCAAACGAACAAAAUGCCUGAGCUGAGGCUGCUUUUAAGUGGACAUGGAGGAACGCAGACUUUUUUUUUUAUAUAUCGUACGACUCUUGUUUGACGACAAAAGCACUUUGUUAUGUGCGGAGAGGUUUUAUAAUAGCUAUAAAAUGGCUUGGAAGACAUUCUCUCUGGAUGGGAGGAACACUGAAAAACAUUCAGCAACUACUUUUGCAUCGUGUAUGAAGGUUAUGGGAGGGUUGUGUCAUUUCCAUCCGCACAUAUUUGUAGUUGAGCAGAGAAACGCUUUGUGAAGAAACACUUGAUGUUGACUACAAUAGCAUGCAUACUAGCUGUAUUUUAUGUUGGGAUUCCUUUUUUUUAUUAUUGUUUUAUAUGCUGUGUCAUGGAAAUAUAUCCAGGUUACAUUUUACCCCAAAAUCAAAAGAGAAAAAAUUUUUAGUUUUUUUUUUUUUCAUAAAGAAAUUUUCUUGUUUUAGGACUAUUAAGACUUUUUAUUUGCAUUGUGAUAUUAUUUUUUUUUUACAUUUAUUUUCUUAUUUUAUUUAAUUUUUUGUUUGCAGUUCUCAUUGUUUUCAGUAGUGAUUCUUAUUAGAUUAUCUUUAUAGAAAUCUUUUAAUAGAUAUGUAUAAAUUAAGGAUGUACUACCAUGAUAUAUAAAUACUUUAUAACUUAAUAUAUGUUAUCCUUUUUUUUUUUUAAUUUUUUUUUUUUUUAAUUUUGUGGUGAAAUGUCAUCCUGGCCAUUUUUAACAGGUUUACCCCUGGCAUAUUUUAUUCUAGUGGUGCUGUUGUGGUUUUACCUUUCUCAUCAUCAAUGGACGUUUCAUAUGCGUGUCGUGCAAAUAAAAAAAAUCUCAGAACUAAUCUCUGAAGUUUUGUCAACUAUUGUUUCGUACACUGUCCACAGUCACAUAUCUGGCAUUUUACUUUGUUUUACCACUUUUAUUUUCACUUUCUUACCUUUGUUUGUUGUGACAUGAUCAAAGUCACAGCCAAAGACUCUUUAACCUCAGGUGAUUGAUGUCAGUUUGAUGUCACGCUUUUUUUCAUUUUAACAUGUAACAAAUAAGCUUUACAAACAUCAGUCUGUAAACUAAGUUGAUUGUUAAAAGUCAAACUUGCUUUUAUCUCAUAUGUACUUUUAUCUUGUUUUAUGCGGUUUGUUGUCUGUUUUUGUUUUCAAUGAAUGUCAAAGCACCUUGCAAUUGCGGCAUGUUUUUAGUUUGUAACAUUUCCUGCACAUUUAGGGUGAAUUGCUGUGAAAAAACAAAACACUAAUUUAAUGUUUUUAGAUUGCAGAAAUGUUGAGUGACCAAUUCUGAAUGUGGUGUUAAUGUCUUCAGACAAUCUAUAAUUUAUCAUCCCAUGCAUCACAAACCGUAAAUCAUCAAAACACAUCCAUUAAUUGCAAAUUAAAUUGCAAUAAAAAUGUAUGAAAACA